CUACUAGUUUUGAGUACUAUCGCAGUUGAUACUUUUCUUGACUUUGUUUUUAAGUAAGUACUCAGGCAGUAGACUUCGACUUUGUAUUGAUUCAGACAGACUUACAAGCAUGACCAUAGUGAAGGGCAAAAAUAGUGUGAAACAACAACAAGAUCACCUUCGGAAUUAUAGCCGCGAUCGUUCUUUCAACACCAGGGCUGCAGUUCGCAAUCUGGAACUACCGUCGUUAUCCAAUAAAAUGCCCUCCAGCAACUUCUACACGCCGUCUUCCCCAUCAACCUCCAGGCCGCCACGCAGAAGUGCGGCGGAAGGGCAGGCGCAACCGCAAAGUGGUACAACAAACGGUGGGCACUACUACCCACAGAGUUCCACUUCAUCGCAUAAUUCCCACCACCACCACCACCUGCACCACGCCGCAAACGGCAUGAAACACCAAUCCGCCGUCCAUCACAGUGUCGCUCACACCCGCAAACUGCACUCUGGAAGGACAUCGCACAACCGCAGGGUUUCCAGUAAGAAGACUAUACCUUUGUCGUCUCCAGAACUACUAAAUGGUGCAGCUAUCACAGGUGCUGCUGCUGGCACACCUACCACCGCCAAUUAUUCCUCCGCAGCAGAGAUUUUUCCUUGCAAGCUACGUCUCCUCUCCGACGCGGUGGAUCGGAAGACCAGCCGAGCCAAGAUUGCGGGCGAGGUGGAGGUGAAGAGCCAGGGUUUGCGGUGGAUCGACGAGAGUGCGAAAUCCCGGGUUUUAGCCGGUUGGCUGCACGUAGAAGAGUGCCGGGUGGAAUGCUCACGCGGAGGGAGUGGUGGUGCUGCUGGUGGCCAAGAUGGUUCUUCGCAAGCUGGUGCUUGUUCUGCGCAUGGGUCGUCGUCGACCACUUCUUCGUUGCAAAACGAAAUCAAUCAGGGUGAAGAACAAAAGGAAUCCUUUUUCGACAAGUUACGACACAACUUCAAGCAAAACAAGAAAACCUACCGUAGCGUGCAGUACAAACUCAUCGUGAAGAUAAAUCCGAAAGCACCGGCGCAAAGAACUACAUCAAGGCGAACGGAUGUUGCGGAUAAGGAGAGCACUGACGGGCACCAGCUGCAACAGCAAGAAUCUGUGAUGCGUCAGAGACAUCAAGGGAAGCACAGAUCAGGCCGCGACGAAGAUGUAGCAGAUUCUGACGAAGACAGCGACGUAGAAUCACCACGCGAUGGCACCGGGAUGAAGAUGAGAAUCAGAAAAGAAGACCACCUAGACGCGGAAGAAGAAAAACGCAAACUGAAAACGACCGUCAGCCAGCGAUUUGCCGCAAUCUUUGCGUAUUUCUUCGCCCUUUUCCUUGCGGUCUUUUCACUGUGCUCGAGGAGGAGAACUUCUACUGGCUUAGAAAGUGAGAAGAAGACUUCUGAAGCACUUGCAGCUGACAAAAAAUCCAGCACAGCAAGCAGUACUUCCUCCACCACUGCGUCCUCCCCACGAUCGGACAAAAGCGCCACGACAUCAAGUGGAGACCGCUUCAUUUACACGACCAAGAACGCGGCGGCCAUGAAAGUAGACGACGACCAACCUUCACCACCCCCAAAAAUGAUCCCCCGCACCAACUCCAACACGAGCAACAUUUCUACGGCUUCGUUGCGUCUGCAGGACCAGGACUGUUUCAGCUACGUGUUCUCUGGGUUUGAGAACCGGAGGGCGUUUGUGCAAUUUAUUUCCGCGAUACGGCAUGCCGUGAAGGAAAAUUAUAUGAACAACAACUACACCGUUGACAACGACAAAUCGAAUGACGGUACGCCGUCGAAAAAGGAAAAAAUCCUCGCCGGUUUGGUUAUCCCGACGAGCACUACGAGUAGGAGAAUGUCCAACGAGGUUUUGAAAAAAUCGGAACAGCUGGAAAAAACCGCGGUGGAAAAAUCCUCGAAAAAAGUCACGUCCAGUCCGACGACCAGCACCGCCGCGUCACCUCCCGGGGGUAAUGGGAGGGAGAAUCUUUCUGAAGUAGAACAAACCGCAAAGGAACUGCAGCAAGUAGGUGCACAAGAACUUCUUCUGGGGAAGAAACAGAAGAAGCUGGCGUCAUCAACUACGUCAUCGCCAACAGCCGCCGCUGGUGCAGUCAAGAACUACCCCGGUGGUUCUAGUUCUAGCUUAUCUGCUGGUAGUACAACAGGAGCAGCUUCCCGCCAGCCGCUCUGGCUCCCGCUGCCCCAACCGGAGCAGCAGAAGGACAAGAAGCAACUUCUGAACGGCAAACUCCCGAUCACCAUGCAGCAAUUUCUGGAUACCUUUGUCCACAUCGGCUGCCCCAACCCGUUUUACCGGGUGACGUCGAAAGGAGGAGCUUUGCACGAGCACACGCUGAUCGAGGGCGAUUUUUUCCAGGCGGACAACACGAAGGAAACGGCCCCGGACUUUCUGAAAAAGGGAACUUUCGAGGGGCGGUUCCCGAAUUUAACAAAACUGAUGAAGGAGAGGAAAGAUAAAGACGAGAAAAUUGGGAAUCCAGAUUGUAACGUCGGCAGCACGGUGUUGACAAAAGGAUUCGUCAAGGGCAAGGCGUCGCCGAAAUUCCGCCGCACCAUACACUACCACGUGGACGCGGCCAACAAAGUAGGACCGAAAGUGGCUGAGGUAUAUAGUUGUACUUUUUUGGUGUAGUGACGAGCUGUGUUUAUUUCGAUUAUUUCGUCUUUUCUGUGCAUGAUCUCAGAAGAUGCUUUCUGUGUUGUGUUCCUCGUUCCGAUGACAUUGUGAAGAUCUAUGCAGUUAUAAUUGAUGAAUGAUGAAAUUCGCAACCCUACAGAUGACGCAACUGAUGGAAUACUAUCGGGAUGAGCACGGAGCGCUGCGCAUUCUCCUCGCGUCCAACGUGGAGCGGACCCCCUUUGCCGAGACCUUCCGCUUCGACCACUGGGUCGUUGUGAAGGAGAUCGACGAGCAAACUCUGGAGGUGAAAUCCUGGCUCGACGUGACCUGGCUCGGGUGGUGCCUGGUCGCCGGGUUGGUCCGGAGCAGCGGAUUAUGCAUUGCAAAUAUGUCUGGGUCUGGAAUAAACUUGUAAUGCUAAAAGUGAAUGAUAGACGCACUGCAAUGCGUAGUUAUGCAUGACAAAUUUUAUUUUGUCUGCCAUGUAGUCUUACGUAUUCUGCAUGGCGAGCUACGUUUUUGCAUAAACACGUAAGAGGGCUUUUCGACAGGUAAGAGGGCCUACUUUUCGUGCCUAUGCAAUACAGAUUCUCGAGUCAUGCCAGACAAGCAUGACAAACUUGCACUCUACUUCCAGACCCAGACACUUUUGCAUUUGAUAUGGAUUUGAGAACUACGCGGUGUUUGCGAAAAACUGGGUGCCGAUAGUCGCCGCCGCGUGUGCGAAAUUGCAUCAAACUUCUACCACGACGGGGGAGGAUGGCAGUUGUGACGGUAUUAACGAGCGGGAUGAUGAAAAUGUAAAUGCUGCAAAUCAACAACUAGCAGCGCCCGCCACACCGGUCCGGAUGGGGAAAAACACCACGACGAACAGUGCGACGAGUUCUUGCAACUCCCUCGAGAUUAUCAAAUGCAAAAAUGUCUGGGUCUGGGAGGAUGGAACUUGUGAUGCUGCCUCUGGGUCACACAAAAAUCUGUGUUGCGUGAUCACCAAAAGAGGUCCAUUGCUUGUUACGCGAAGAGGGCGUCUCUCAUGCAGUAUAGGCAUCAUAAAGCCGUCAAAAAAUCUGUGAUGCUAGGGCAUGCAUUCCAGACCUCAUGGGUCAUGGAAAACCUGCAUGACAAGUCUGGCAUUCUUCCAGACCCAGACGUAUUUGCAUUUGAUAGAGAUAACCGCAGCGUCGAGUACGAGCACCAGAGACGACGUGAGUACAACGGCGACCUUGUCCCCUCUGAGCACACGAAACGGGUCUACAACAAGCACUGGGCAGCUGUUUAACAGUUGUACAUCGACAGGGAAUAUUAACGAACAGCGAUCUUCGGGAUCCGCUGGUGCAACGCAACAGGAGAAACAAGUCUUCUUCACGUACCCGGUGCUGGUUCUGUCAGUGAUCGUCGUCGUUCAGAGCUUGCUCUUGGCUCGGGCAUACGCGCUUUUCUAGGACCACAGCGUACAACUUGUCCUGUGCUGCCGUCAACAUCCAGGACGAUAUUUUGGAACCUGUUGCCGUUUUGUAUUCUACCUAUCGCCCCCUGGGCCUGUACGCUCUCAACAAUUUUUCAAGUCAAACGAUAAUGAACGUAUGUACCUACAUUGAAAUUGUAUUGAGAUGAAGUUCAUCCUCCUGUACUAUAAGCGAACUUUAUAAAAACUCUACGCGGCUGCGGCUGGGGCUGCACCCUCAACAUCAUCUGCCUGGCUGUACGUAUUUCUAUGGUGGUGCUGGGCGUUGCGGCUAAAUGUCGAUGUCGACGAGAGUAAUUUGACAGAACGUAGUUCCCGACCAAAGGAACCUGUCAUCGGCGAUUGACGCCUACCAACAGAACACGCACUAUAGUACUACCGUUUAUUUACUCACCAGCUCUUACGCAAAAAACGCAACCAAAUGAUCUUCGCUACCUCCAUUGAUACCCAUGAUCGAAGCGCAUCAGCGUGAAGCAACGCAUAAAAAUGCACACCUCCGCACAAAAUGACACAAUUGGCACUAAACCCGCUCCGUUUUAC